CACAAUUCGAACUACUUGUUCACAAACACACUUUACAAAACAGCAAAGCAUUAGCACAAGCGCAUCAAGUAGAUCGAGGUCUAUGUAAAAGCUAGAAUAUUGAAAGAUGGAGUAUGUAUCCGCAAUCAUUAAUCCUAUUGUUGAAUAAUUAAUGAUUCCUGUCAAAAAACAAAUCCUAUUGUUGAAUCAUUUAUGGUUCCUAUCAAAAAACAGCUAGAUUAUCUAUUUUCCUCCACAAAACAUGUUAGAAACAUGAAUAUUGAAAGAUGGGGUUUGUAUCUGCAAUCAUUAGUCCUAUUGUUGAAUCAUUAAUGGUUCCUGUCAAAAAACAGCUAGAUUAUCUCUUUUCCUCCACAAAACAUGUUAGGAGCACGAAUAUUGAAAGAUGGAGUUUGUAUCUGCAAUCAUUAGUCCUAUUGUUGAAUCAUUAAUGAUUCCUGUCAAAAAACAGCUAGGUUAUCUCUUUUCCUCCACAAAACAUGUUAGGAGCAUGAAUAUUGAAAGAUGGAGUUUGUAUCUGCAAUCAUUAGUCCUAUUGUUGAAUCAUUAAUGGUUAUUGUCAAAAAACAACUAGAUUAUCUUUUUUCCUCCACAAAACAUGUUAGGAACAUGAAUACCAGAACGAAGCAACCGGAUUGUACCAGUUGUGAUGUCAAAAAUCACAUGGAAACAAACAACAUAAGAAAUCUGGAGAUUCAUGUUCGUGCUCGUGUAACAGGGUGGUUAAAAGAUGUGGAAAAGAUUAAGGAAGAUGCUCAAAUCAUUUUAAGUACAGGGAAUGGAUGUUUUAACUUGAAAAUGAGGUAUCAAACAAGAAGGAAUACAUUCAGGAUUAAAGAGGAGAUGGGAAGUCUUAUUGAAGAAAACAGUAAGAUAAUUUUGAAUGAUGCUCAAAAACCUCUUGGAAAAGUUAAUUCUCAAAAUGCAUAUGCUUCAACAUUGUGGGAUGGUGAUGCCCAAAAUUACUUCAAAUUUAGAGAGAAAUUUUAAGGAUGCACUCAAGUUCCUUCAACAAGAUAACACGAGCCAAGUGAUAGCCCUAUAUGGAAUGGGAGGUGCGGGGAAAACCACAAUGACGGAACAAUUGAAAAAGGCUGCAGAAGAUAAUAAACUGUUUGAGCAAGCUGUUGCAAAAAACAUUGGUCAACCUCUAAAAGAAACGAGUAUAACAGCAACGGUUGGUCGUAUUCAUAUAAGGUUUGGGAAGAUGUUUGAAGGGCAAAAAAAGGUUUUAGUGAUAUUAGAUGGUUUUCUUCCUCUUGCAGUUAAACUCAUUGAGUUAAGCUAUACCUAUUUAAAAGAAGAGGAGGAGAAAAGGAUUUUUCUGCCUUGUGGUUUGUUUCCUGAUGACUUUUAUAUUCCAAUCGAGGAAAUCACAAGAGACUUAUCUCCAUACAUAAGUCUAUCUCCAUACAUAAGCAAGCAAAGAUCAUGCAUUUUUAACACACCCAAUGUAAUUGCUAUCGAUCAACAAAUUUGCAUUUUUAAGAUUCUGCACAAAUGUUUUUGUCCUGUCUCUCUCAUCUCCCACAGCAAAAACAUCAUUUAACAUACGAUUGUUAAAUGAUGUUUCUGUUGUGGGAGAUGAAAGAGACAUGACAAAAACAUGUGUGCAGAAUCUUAAAAAUGCAAAUUUAUUGAUCGAUAGCAAUUAUAUUGGGUGUGUUAAAAUGCAUGAUCUUUGCUUGCUUUUGUGUUGGGUAGAGUUGCUAAAGGUGACCUUUCAUGGAUAAUCAACCACGGUGAUAUUUCAAAGUGGAGUAGAGCUGAAAUGAAAGUCUUGCAAAACAAUUUCUAUUACUUGCAUGGGUAUGUGUGAGUUUCCUAGUGACUCUAAGUACCCAAACCUAUCACUUUUGAGACUUAUGUAUGGAGAUAAGUCUCUUAGGUUUACUGAAGAGUUUUAUGAAAAAAUGGAAAAUCUUUCAGUUUUAGCAUAUGAAAAAUUUCUCAGUUUUGCUCAUUGUGGUAGCAGAAAGUUACCGGCCACAAUUGGAAAAUUGAAGAAGCUAAAGUUUCUAUGUUUGGAUAGUCUACCAAAGUUGACAGGUCUUUGCAACACUGCUAAUAUAAUUUAGUUACCACAGCUUGUGGAGUUGAUACUUGAUGGCUUUCCUGAUUUCACUACAAGAUUGGAAAAGUAGGCUAGAUUUCCCACAUUGCUAAGUGUGGAACUCUUUUAACCUUCAUAUUAUUAUUUUUACAUAUUUAUAGGCAAGUUUUUUUGGUUACUUCUCUACACCUAUGGGCUUGUGUGUUAUAUUUAACAGUUGUAACUUCAUUUAUUAUUAUUUUAUUAAGAUUUAAGAGCGACUACAAAUAAUCAUUUUUACA